CUCUAUAAAAUAUAUACAAUUCACACAUCCACACACCUCUCUCUCUCUCUCUCUCUCUAUUCUACACUCAUUUUCUCCACUUUCUUUGACCAUAUGGUCCAACAGUCCAACUCAUUCCCAGACACUUUGCAUACACUCUCUCAUUCUAACUCACUUUCUCUUUGCUUUUCCUCCCCGGCAAACGAGUCUUUGAGGUGAGGGUGUGUGUGAUAAAACCAAAAACGACAUCGACACUUCUCGAGACAGAAACUAGAGCAAAGGGUCUCUCUCAGAAUACUUGAAAAGCCAAACAUCAAUGACUCCACAAACUUAAGCUUAAUAGCUCACCUUAGAUCUCUCUCAAUGACAAUUCACAACUAGUCGCUGCUUCACAAACCUUUCUCUCUCUCUCUCUCUCUCUCUUUCCCAUUUCAAAGACUUGGUUUUUGAGCUAGUAGCUGCAAAAAAAAUGGCUGAGGCUACAGAACCAAAAUCACUGCCUGAGGCUGAGAAGAAGAAAGAGCAAAGCCUACCCUUUUACCAGCUCUUCUCUUUUGCAGACAAGUAUGAUUGGAUGCUCAUGAUUGCUGGUAGCUUGGGAGCCAUAAUUCAUGGCUCUUCCAUGCCCUUUUUCUUCCUUCUUUUUGGUGAAAUGGUUAAUGGGUUCGGCAAAAACCAAUCAGAUUUGAAGACAAUGACUGAAGAAGUCGCAAAGUAUGCACUCUAUUUUGUGUACCUUGGCCUUGUUGUCUGCUUAUCAUCCUAUGCAGAGAUUGCAUGCUGGAUGUACACUGGAGAAAGACAAGUGAGCACACUGAGGAAGAAGUAUUUGGAGGCAGUGCUAAGACAAGAUGUGGGGUUCUUUGACACUGAUGCAAGGACUGGGGAUAUAGUUUUUAGUGUGUCCACGGACACACUUCUAGUCCAAGAUGCAAUUAGUGAAAAGGUGGGAAACUUCAUACAUUAUCUGUCAACGUUUCUGGCAGGUUUGGUGGUUGGUUUUGUAUCAGCAUGGAGGCUAGCAUUGCUAAGUGUGGCAGUGAUACCAGGAAUUGCUUUUGCUGGGGGCUUAUACGCCUAUACACUCACAGGCCUCACUUCAAAGAGCCGCGAAUCCUAUGCCAAUGCUGGUAUUAUUGCCGAGCAGACCAUUGCACAAGUUCGGACGGUUUACUCAUAUGUUGGUGAGAGCAAGGCCUUAAAUUCGUACUCAGAUGCAAUACAGAACACUUUGAAGCUUGGGUACAAGGCUGGAAUGGCCAAAGGUCUGGGGCUAGGAUGUACCUAUGGAAUAGCAUGCAUGUCAUGGGCACUUGUUUUCUGGUAUGCCGGUGUAUUUAUCAGGAAUGGACAGACUGAUGGAGGGAAAGCAUUCACAGCAAUUUUCUCUGCAAUUGUGGGGGGCAUGAGUUUGGGUCAAUCAUUUUCAAAUCUUGGGGCAUUUAGCAAAGGUAAAACAGCUGGAUACAAGUUGAUGGAGAUUAUCAAGCAAAAGCCUUCCAUAGUUCAAGACCCCUUAGAUGGGAAGUGCUUGGCUGAGGUUAAUGGCAAUAUAGAAUUCAAGGAUGUAACUUUCAGCUAUCCAUCAAGACCAGAUGUUAUUAUCUUUCGAAAUUUCUCAAUAUUCUUUCCUGCUGGAAAGACUGUUGCUGUUGUUGGUGGUAGUGGGUCAGGAAAAAGCACUGUUGUCUCUUUGAUAGAAAGGUUCUAUGAUCCUAAUCAAGGUCAAGUUUUGCUGGACAAUGUGGACAUAAAAACACUGCAAUUGAAAUGGUUACGUGACCAGAUUGGACUAGUGAACCAAGAACCUGCACUCUUUGCCACAACCAUACUUGAGAACAUACUCUAUGGGAAGCCUGAUGCAACAAUGGAUGAAGUGGAAGCUGCUGCUUCUGCAGCAAAUGCUCAUAGCUUCAUUACCUUGCUUCCUAAUGGAUAUAACACUCAGGUUGGAGAGCGAGGAGUGCAACUCUCCGGUGGCCAAAAGCAGAGAAUUGCAAUUGCUAGAGCUAUGCUUAAAAACCCAAAAAUCCUUCUCCUUGAUGAAGCAACUAGUGCCCUUGAUGCAGGCUCUGAGAGCAUCGUUCAGGAAGCAUUAGACCGUCUCAUGGUUGGUAGAACUACUGUAGUUGUUGCCCAUCGCCUCUCCACUAUUAGAAAUGUGGAUUCAAUUGCAGUUAUACAGCAAGGUCAAGUUGUUGAGACUGGAACACAUGAAGAACUUGUUACCAAAGCUGGGGCCUAUGCUUCAUUAAUCCGAUUCCAAGAAAUGGUUAGGAAUAAAGAUUUCUCUAACCCAUCAACACGCCGUUCACGCUCAUCACGACUAAGCCAUUCGCUGUCAACAAAGUCUUUAAGCCUCCGGUCUGGAAGCUUAAGAAACCUGAGCUAUUCGUAUAGUACUGGUGCAGAUGGCAGGAUAGAGAUGAUCUCAAAUGCUGAAACAGACAAGAGAAAUCCAGCCCCUGAUGGCUAUUUCUGCCGGCUUCUCAAGCUAAACGCUCCUGAAUGGCCUUAUUCAAUUAUGGGUGCUAUAGGAUCUGUGCUUUCUGGUUUUAUUGGUCCAACAUUUGCUAUUGUGAUGAGCAAUAUGAUUGAGGUCUUUUACUACAGAAAUCCUGCUUCAAUGGAAAGGAAAACAAAGGAAUAUGUUUUCAUUUACAUUGGAGCUGGUCUCUAUGCUGUGGGGGCAUAUUUGAUACAACAUUACUUCUUUAGUAUUAUGGGAGAGAACCUUACCACAAGAGUUAGGAGAAUGAUGCUUGCAGCAAUCCUAAGGAAUGAAGUUGGGUGGUUUGAUGAGGAAGAGCAUAAUUCAAGUCUUCUUGCAGCACGUCUGGCCACUGAUGCUGCUGAUGUGAAAUCUGCAAUUGCUGAAAGGAUUUCUGUCAUACUCCAGAACAUGACCUCACUCCUCACUUCAUUCAUUGUUGCUUUCAUAGUGGAAUGGAGAGUCUCCCUUCUCAUCCUUGCUACCUUUCCCCUUCUAGUCCUGGCUAACUUUGCUCAGCAACUCUCUCUCAAGGGGUUUGCUGGUGACACAGCAAAGGCCCAUGCCAAGACCAGCAUGAUUGCAGGCGAGGGAGUGAGCAACAUCCGAACUGUUGCAGCCUUCAAUGCCCAAAACAAGAUCCUAUUUCUGUUCAGCCACGAACUCCGUAUUCCUCAGCUCAGGAGCCUACGUCGCAGCCAAUCUGCUGGCAUCCUCUUUGGCAUCUCUCAGCUUGCUCUUUAUGCAUCAGAAGCCCUCAUUCUUUGGUAUGGUGCACACCUUGUUAAAAAAGGCGUCUCCACCUUCUCAAAAGUUAUUAAGGUUUUUGUAGUCCUGGUAGUUACAGCCAAUUCAGUUGCAGAAACUGUUAGUCUUGCUCCUGAGAUUAUUAGGGGUGGUGAAGCUGUUGGCUCAGUGUUUUCAAUUCUUGACCGUCAAACAAAGAUUGAUCCAGAUGAUCCUGAGGCUGAGCCUGUUGAAACAAUACGUGGGGAGAUUGAACUUAGACAUGUUGAUUUUGCAUACCCUUCAAGACCUGAUGUAAUGGUGUUUAAAGACCUCAGCCUUAGAAUCCGUUCUGGCCAAAGCCAAGCUCUUGUUGGGGCUAGUGGCUCUGGCAAGAGUUCCGUGAUUGCAUUGAUUGAACGUUUCUAUGAUCCGAUUGCUGGUAAAGUUAUGAUUGAUGGAAAGGACAUUAGGCGGUUGAACUUGCAGUCCCUUAGGCUUAAAAUCGGAUUGGUACAGCAAGAACCAGCACUUUUUGCAGCUAGCAUUUUCGAAAACAUUGCCUAUGGUAAAGAAGGAGCAACAGAAGCUGAAGUAAUCGAAGCAGCUCGUGCUGCUAAUAUCCAUAGUUUUGUUAGUGGUUUGCCUGAUAGUUACAAAACUCCAGUUGGUGAAAGAGGUGUUCAACUCUCUGGUGGACAAAAACAAAGAAUUGCAAUUGCCAGGGCAGUUCUCAAGGACCCCACAAUUCUUCUAUUAGAUGAAGCCACAAGUGCACUUGAUGCUGAAUCAGAAUGUGUCUUACAAGAAGCACUUGAGAGGCUAAUGAGGGGCCGCACCACUGUGCUUGUGGCUCACCGUUUGUCAACUAUUAGAGGGGUGGACACUAUUGGAGUAGUGCAAGAUGGGCGCAUUGUAGAACAAGGUAGCCAUUCUGAACUAGUAAGCCGAGCUGAUGGGGCUUAUUCUAGACUUUUGCAACUACAACACCAUCACAUAUGAUAUGAGAAGAGUUAUGAUUGAAGCAACAUGGCCUUGUUGGUUGGUGAUUAUGUUUGGGGUCCCAUUAACCUUAUGCUUUUCAUUUUUAGUUGUAGAUAUGGGGAUGUGGGGUGGGUUUGUAUCUUUGAGGACUACUGCUGCAUUCCCAAUGGAGUAGCAUGUAGCAAGUAUUAUAUUUUAUCAAUAUCUAUGGUUCACAAGCAUGUUAUUAA